AUGGAUUGGCAAUUACAUAAAAAGCGAGGCGGUAUAAGUGCAAAUGGAGCUAUGGAGCUGCACAGAGCGCCUCGACACUCAAUUCGUGUAUUGUCACCGGGCAACUUGACCCAAAGCACGGCCACAGGAGAUGUCGUUGCUUUUAGCCCCGACUCAGCAUCAUAUCUGGACCGGAUCAAGUUGUCGGACGGUAGAACCCAUUGGUGCGACGAUUCAGAAGAACGGCUUACCAGUUCGUACGGUCGUAGUUAUCAAAGAGAUCUAGCCACACCCUGGUCACUGAGCAGCUCACAUGGAAUUGAAUUCAUGCUCGGUGCAGGUUUGUUGGGAUCCCCGCAACUACUCGAGGAACGACAGGCACAGAAAAAGAAGUUGGAGACAGAAACGGAAAUGGUUGAUCAGCACGCUGGGGAAACGGCUUAUUUUCCUACUGGGGGGCGGGGGCUUAUUGGAGGCGUCGGCUACUGGGGAAGUGGCAUAUUAGCACAUUAG